AUGGGGACUGUGAAUAGUUGUCACAAUGAAGCUAGAAUACAAUUUGAGGCUUUUCAAGAUCAAAGGCAUAGUGUGGGGAAUAUUUUACGAGUACAUAGUCGCGAUAUGGAAAUUGAUUAUCGAACUCGUUUAACAGCAAUGUUGGAUGUGACACGCUUUCUAUUGAAGCAAGGGUUGCCCUUUCGUAGACACGAUGAGUCAACUAGUUCUUCAAAUAGAGUUGUGCAUGUGCCUGACACCAGUUCUCAUUCUUUGAAAAUGGCUAUUGAUGCUUUAUUUGUGCAACAUGGUUUAUCAUUAUCUAGAUUGAGAGGCCAAGGAUAUGAUGGAGCUUCAAAUAUGCGUGGUGAGUUCAAUGGAUUGAAAUCUCUGAUACUACAAGAAAAUCCAUUUGCAAUGUAUGUUCACUGUUUCUCUCACCAGCUCCAAUUAGUUCUUGUUGCUGUUGCCCAUGACAAUUUUACCGUGAGUGAAUUUUUUGGGUAUAUCACUAUGAUUGUGAAUAUAUCUGGAGCAUCUUUGAUAGAAGUGUUAGGAAAUGUAUAUGAUGAUGCCUCUUAUUCUGCAAAUAAAGGUGUUGCUGCAGGUUUAAUUGAGAAGAUGGAGAGUUAUCAAUUUGUUUUUGUGUUACAUUUGAUGAAGUAUAUAUUGGGAAUUACAAAUGAGUUAUCACUUUCCUUACAACAAGGGGAUCAAAAUAUUGUUCAAGCCAUGUCCUUGGUUAGAAGUGUGAAAUGUCGACUACAAGACUUCAGGGAAGAUGGAUGGCAGAUAAUUUUGGAACAAGUUAACACAUUUUGUGAAUUGAAUAUGAUUCCAAUACUUGAUAUGGAGGACAACAUGCUAACUCGUGGUCAUGGUAGGCGUAGAGGGCAACUCAUCACCAAUUUUCAUCAUUAUCGUGUGGAGAUUUUUUGUCAGGUUGUUGAUUUAAUUAUACAAGAGAUGAAUAAUCGUUUUUUAGUAGUUAGUACAGAAUUGCUUGGUUGCAUAUCAUGUCUUCAUCCAAGAAAUUCUUUCUCUCAAUUUGAUGUUCACAAACUCAUCCAUCUUGUUGAUUUUUAUCCCGAGGACUUCUGUGGUACUGAUUAUUUAUUUUUGGAACAACAACUUAUGAGUUACUUUUAUAAUCUGCGGGAUGAUCCGUACUUUUCUUCAAUUGAUGACUUGGGAAUUCUUGCUCAGAAAUUGGUUGAGACUGAAAAACAUUUGGUGUUCCCAUUGGUUUAUCGUAUGAUAGAGUUGGCAUUAGUUUUACCAGUUGCAACUGCUUCGGUUGAACGAGUGUUUUCUGCAAUGAAGACUAUGAAGACUGAUUUACGCAAUAGAAUGGGAGAUGAAUGGAUGAAUGACAGUCUAGUUGUAUACAUUGAAAAGGAUAUUUUUUCUACAAUUGAAAAUGAGCAAAUAUUACAACAUUUUCAACAAAUGCAGUCUCGUAGAAUCCAAUUGCCUCCUCUUGUACCGACUCGUCAGUCGUCGCAGACUUCUGUUAUGGAGAAUCGGUCUAGUAUUAAGUGGGACAAGGGAAAGGCUCUCGAGUUCUAG